CAGGAGAUUUAAAGUGAAUUGUGAUAAAAGUUGUGAAAUUACUAUAAUCAUUCGACUUUGCAAUAGGCUUCAGAAGAUAUUCGUAACAUAUGUUGGAACGUGACUUUGCUGCAGCCAAUUCAAAUCGUGCAGGGUUGAGCCAUUUUUAUUCACCAAUUGAGUUAUUGCGAGCGGCACGAAACGAUGUAAUCUGUCCUAUAAAUGGUAUUAGGCUACUGUUUGCGGACGAUGAAGGCCAAUAUGUUGACAUUGAUAAUAAUACAACCCUUCUCUCCCUCUGCAUGUUUACUACGGACAAGCGUAACGCGCGAGUACUUUCAAUUGAAUUUCCUCACGACGCAUUCUCUCGUGCGCAUUCAGGGAUUUUGCGACGUCGACUGAGUACCUACACUACUCCUUAAAAAAUCCUAGGCUCUUUGCCGUGCGAUCGAAGUCGUUUGGAAUCAUUCGAUCGUCGGGCACCUACAGCUAUCGUCGCCUAUGGACUCAGUAGCGGAUCGUGCUUCGUAUUUGUUAGAUGCUGUUAUUAGUGGACAUUAUCGCCAAGUUAAAUUCUAUUUAGAUGCUGGUUAUGAUCAAGAUUACGUCGACAUCCAUCGUGAGGGAAGUACUCCUCUAAUCCUGGCGGUUACACAGGUGAAGGACGACGAAUCAAUAAGAAACCGCUUAAUUGUACUUUUACUACAAGCCGGAGCAGAUCCAAACAUUGGUGAUCGGUACGGUAUGACACCGCUAAUGCACUCUAUACUACGUCGACAAAAGGGCACUGUUCGCAUUUUGCUGGAAUCGAAACGUUUGGAUCAUGGUAUGGAAGACUUUGAUGGAAACAGUGCACUCAUGCACGCCGCAUCGCUUGGUUUAACCGAUAUAGUGACGAUUAUUCUUGAGCGGCUAAGUGCUGUGCAUCGAAUGAUCUACCUCGGUCAGAAGAAUCGAAAAGGUCUUACAGCUGGAAAUUUGGCAGAAGGAUUCGAAAAAAAGGAACUAGCUGAUUUGUUGAGUUGGAAGAGCACAUAUUUUUUGCCAGACAACUUCGAAGGAUUUGCUGAUCCAAGACAACUCGAACAGGGGAAAAAAUCUUCCACGUCUUGUCGUGAAACGCGUCACAAACCUAUAGCUGGUAUUCAAAGUCGGUCGUUUACUCCAGAAAUUCAGAGGCGACAUUGGCGGAAAAACGACAGCAACUGUGCAGAUCAAAACGAUGUACAGUAAAUCGUGUAAUUCGAUUUCUGCAGGAAGAACCAAUUGCCUCGUGAUAACUCUCCAGCCGAUUGUGCAACACCAUGCCAUUCGUCGAAAAAUUGUUCUGUUAGCUCUUUAAAUAAACACAAAAAAAAAACCUAAAAAAAUCUGCGUUUGUGUCAGUUACUUUUAUCAGAUUUGGAAAUAAUUUG